GGGGGAGGGGGUGGACGGUAGACACUGCCAAUGGAAAGAGCCCACAGUGAAAGCCGCGAGGCACACAGCCGCACCUGCCUCUAUGUCAGGGCCACUUACCUGCAAGGUGCGCAACGAAGAUGAUGGCGAUGAACGGAAAACAGCACCUCGGUAUGCACCCGGCGCUAUCUGAGCCUAAAUACUCAAGCCUGCACGCGAGCGCCGAAGGCAUGCGCCGCGUCUGCCUACCUGCCCCGCAGCUCCAGGGCAAUAUAUUCGGUGGCUUUGAUGAGAGUCUGCUGGCCCGCGCGGAAGCUCUGGCGGCUGCUGACAUUGUCUCUCACAGCAAAAGUCACCAUUUCAAGCCGGACGUGACCUACCAUACCAUGAGCAGUGUCCCAUGUACCUCCACCUCCUCCACCGUGCCCAUAUCCCACCCUUCCAACCUCACAUCGCAUCACCACCUCAACCAGACGUUGGAGGGGGAUCUGCUAGAUCAUAUCUCGUCGAGUCUGUCCGUCAGCGGUAUGGGGGCUCCACAGGACCAGUCAGUUAUGACCUCGCAAGCUCAUCAGCAUCAUCUGCAGACCAUGGGUCAUCUCCAUCAAGCUAUGGCCAUGGGUCAUCCCCAUUCACUGUCCGUUCACAAUGGAAUGACCUGCAUAAACGACGUGGAAUCGGAUCCCAGGGAGCUGGAGGCAUUCGCGGAACGGUUCAAACAGAGGCGGAUAAAACUUGGGGUGACCCAGGCGGACGUUGGUUCCGCUCUUGCUAACCUUAAGAUUCCCGGCGUGGGCUCUCUGAGUCAGAGCACGAUCUGCAGGUUUGAGUCCCUAACCCUUUCUCACAAUAACAUGAUUGCGCUGAAACCGGUUCUCCAAGCCUGGCUCGAGGAGGCUGAAGCGGCUUACCGAGAGAAAAAUAGCAAGCCAGAUCUUUUCAGUGGCAACGAAAGAAAAAGAAAACGCACCUCCAUUGCUGCACCAGAGAAGCGGUCUUUGGAAGCAUAUUUUGCGAUACAACCGCGUCCGUCGUCAGAAAAAAUCGCUGCCAUUGCAGAAAAGUUGGACUUAAAAAAGAAUGUGGUACGUGUUUGGUUUUGCAACCAACGUCAAAAACAGAAAAGGAUGAAAUAUUCUGCCUCACAUUAACUCACAUCUAAGGAAUAUUUUAAAACUGGAAUUCACUCAAUUUGUGAGAACUCUUGAACUCAUUUAUUUAAACGUUUUUCUUCUUUCUAUCACUUGUUGUCCAGAAGUACCACGCACUGCUUGAUGUUGAUAUAAAUGUUUAAACAUGAAAUCAAGAGGGGAAAGUUCGUCGAUCAGAUUCUGGACUCUUGUGGUAACAGACUCCUCUUAAACUUAUGGACCAGGCUAAUUCUCUUUUUUCACUUAAUUAUUGUCACACGUAUGUUUUGAAGUGUGUAUGAGUGUUCACCUAUAGCCUACCAUAUAGGCGUAUCAGGAACUGAUAACUAGUUAUUAAGUGUUGACACUUCCCUGCUAAACCCGUUAUGUUAGAUAUGCCUACAUCGUUAAAAAGGUCACUCCGUAGGCUGUUAUGUAUUUUACCUAAAUUCGUCUUUUUGUCGUACAGAUAAUGUAUGGGAUCGGAUGGGCCUAUGGGCAUUUAUCUUUACAUUAUUUUGUGGUACAUCCAUCGAAUUAAUAUUCACAGAGACGCUGCUCGGCUUAUUUUUUUAUGUUAACAUGUAAACCACUUCGAACCACUGAGAAUGAAGACCUGCUCACUUCUACAUUUAACUUGAUAAAGUGUGUGAAUCUGAAGGUUAGUUAAUACAUUAUUGUCUAUUUUCUAACAAUUCGUCUGCUGUUCUCGUCGACUUGCUAACUGUAGGCGUUUGAUAUUUUAAUGUCAAAUAAUUGAAUAGCCUAAUUUAAUGUUAGUUUUGAGAAUGAUACUUGGAAACAUGCAAAAUGCAAUACCAGGUGGAUACAGCCUCCAUCUGAUUCAUAUUUGCCACCAGGAUCGUGAUUUUAAGCCAUAUGCAAAGGCUAUAUGGUCCAUCGAUAUUUCUACACCAAGUCGACACCGGUUCCUUUCAUUUACAUAAAUAAUGUGCUCAGGAAAAGAGACGUUCCAUGGUCAUUGUCAUAUCAUGUCAUUUUCGGUUUGUUUUAUUUAUGUAUUCCCAUCGUUCUACUGUUGGGCUACGAAACAGAAAGACGGGAUAUAGGCCUAGCGAUACACGAUUUAAAUGAAAAUACCAAAAGGAAAUUGACGGGGCUAAAAGUCUAAUGAAAACAUCUAAUCAAGCCCAGCAUUUUUUAAUGCAAAAUGGCGUUCCUUAAUCAGACCUCAUUAAAUAAUAAAUGCCCUUAUGUCACGGCUUUAUGUCGUGGGGUUUGGGAUUAUUAAAUAAUGAUGAUGCAAUAUUAAUUGUAUAUUGGUAUAAAACCAAGUGGAGAAGUGCUUGCAGGGCUGUUGGAGACUGUAAAGGCACUCGCAGACUCCUGGGAUGAAGGGGAAUGAACAACUUCAGGUGAGGAUUUAACGACCAAAUAUUUCUUUGCAAUUAACGCCACCGCAUCUAUUUUUUUUUCAGGUUGAUCGGAUGAGGGCCCUAUUGUUGUUAUUAUUGGGUCUUUUAUUAGGCAAUUGUUGUUUGUAAAAAGGCAAAAUGAUUUAAUUUACCGUUUUAGUCUAUAGUUAUUUCAUUAACGAAGUUGCAAUUGCAAGCGUCACAGUAGGCCUAUUUGUUGUCAAAAAAUAUAAAGACCAUUUAAUGAAGCAGAAAAUUGCAGAGGUUCUUUGUGAAAGUAAUUGUCUUUAUUUGAAAUCGCAGCCUAAACUUAGGUUAGAUAUACAUUUUCGUCAAGGUCAUUUCGUCAUGAUCAUUCCAUGACACGUAUUACCUAUCCUAAAAAUAACACACAAUUGGUAUACAUGUGUGUUGCAACACCGAUCGUCUUCAAUUUUCUAAACCAAAUGAAGGCAUGUAGAGCAUUAAAUGAAACAGUCGACAGUUGAUCUCGAGACUUGCUUUAUUUUUCUCAGGCAAUACAUAUGCUUUCCUUCCGUUUAUUGUUUGCUUGGAAUGAUAGCUAUUGACAAAUGGUACAGAAUGAUUCAUCACGAAAAACAAAGAAAAGUUCACAAUAAAAUCCACCAAAACUGUGUGCCUGAAAGGUAAACUUCUAUUCAUCUGUGUUUUGUGUUACCUGAAGUCUCUUCCCUCAUUUU